UGGUGUGGUUGCGUGCCGGCGCGGCUCGCUCCCGGCAGGGCCGAGCCUCUGGUUGCCGCUGGAGCUCGGAUGUCGGAGGGCGUAAAGCCGCGUUCGGGCUCCAGAUGAGGCGGUAGUUUCAGGCUCUCCUGCGGCACCCGUGUCGUUCGGUGUAAACCAAGUGAGUAUGGCUGCUAAGAAGCUGAGAAGAGCAAAUUUGUCUCAGGAGCUGUGUGAAAGACUAAGCCGCUAUCAGAUCACUACCUGCCAGGACUUCUUAUGUCUUUCACUCUUGGAGCUAAUGAAAGUGACAGGACAGAGCUACAGAAAUGUGCAGAAGCUUCUUCGGAAGGUCAGCCUCGCUUGUGCUCCCAAAAUGCAGACAGCUUAUGAAAUGAAAAUGAGGAGGUCUGUCAAUCCCUCUGUAGCCUUUUUACCCACCUCGCUGCAUAGUCUGGAUAAAGUCUUGCAUGGUGGAAUACCUUGUGGAUCCCUCACAGAGUUAACAAGCCCACCGGGUUGUGGCAAAACUCAGUUUUGUAUUACAAUGAGUGUUCUGGCUACGCUGCCUGUAAGCAUGGGAGGACUAGAUGGGGCUGUUAUAUACAUUGACACAGAGUCUGCAUUCAGUGCUGAAAGGUUGAUAGAGAUAGCAGGAAACAGAUUCCCUACUUAUUUUGACUCCGAUGAAAAGCUAUUUUGCAUGACCCGUAGCAUUCAUCUGUAUCGAGAGCUGACCUGUGACAGUGUACUGAAGAGAAUUAAGUCUUUAGAAGAAGAAAUUAUUUCAAAGAAGAUUAAACUCAUAAUAAUUGACUCUGUAGCUUCAGUUGUCAGAAAGGAAUUUGACACAAAACUCCAAGGCAAUCUGGCAGAGAGAAGUAACUUUUUGGCUAGAGGAGCAUCACUGUUGAAGUAUUUGGCAGAGGAGUUCUCAAUACCAGUUAUCUUGACGAAUCAGAUUACCACAUCGUUGAGCAAUGGCCUUGCAAUCCCAGCAGACCUAGUGUCUCCAGCUCAUGAUUUGUCCCUGUCUGAAGUUUCAGGAACUUCUGGAAGUGGGAAGAGGGAAUCUGCUUGUGUGACAGCAGCCCUUGGUAACACGUGGAGUCACAGUGUCAACACCAGGCUCAUCCUGCAAUAUCACGACUUGCUGACAAGGCAGAUCCUGGUUGCAAAAUCCCCUGUUGCUCCAUUUUCCACAUUUUUCUACACCAUUGAGAAAUCAGGCUUGGUUCUUCAAGAUGGAAAGAAUCUUUCAAAUUUACCCUGGGAUGGAAUCAAUCCUGCCAUGCAAACCAUACAAGUGAGAAACACUGCCUUGAGAAAAGCUUUACUCAACAUCACCGAUGAGACUCCUGGAGAUACACCCAGUCUAUAGAAAGGUCAAAUGCAAUCUUCGCUGAGAAAUGAACAAACAGCCCUGGUUUUUAAAAAUCCAGUGAAGCAGAUAUUAGACAUUCUUCUUUUGCCUCUUUGGAGACUAAAAUAAGAAACAAGUGCUGUUCUCUCUACAUGUGGGCCACAUUAAACCUUGGAAUUAUGAAA